UAAAAUCUAUCCGGGCUUUUAGUCGACUAAAUAAAAGAAUAGCCCUAGAAGCCCUAGGGCAUCCUUCUAAUUCCCUCUAUUUGGCCGAAGAUCCACCGCUAGCUGUGAAAGAUUGGAGUUGCAGGAAUCUGAGAGACCGUGGUCCCUUGAGUGUCCUCCUCCAGUUGCUCCGGGAACCAUGUCCUCCAGUACAGAUCAUCUUGUUGCCACGUUUUGGGACUGGAACACGUGCUCAUGCCCAAUUGAGUCUGAGGCCUCUGCUAGAACUCUAAUCUCCAACAUUGAAAGCGGUUUAGGCCAGGUUCCCCAUGGCCAUGAGUAUCGCAUCUGCAGAAAUAACAGAUUUCUUUGUGGGGAUAUAACUGCAAUUGAAAGGAGCCUUCUCGUAGACCAACGUUUCGAUUGUUACUAUGCUCCCAGAAGAAAUCCGUUUUGCGGUGAACAUGCUCAUCUUCUGCCUGAUCAGAAAAGACUUGCCGCUGAGCUCGGUUUAGAGUCAUUGUUGGUACAUUAUGCUGACGUUCACCGAGAUUCCGGACCAUGGAAUAUACUCUUAAUUACAGGUGAUUCAAGUUUUGCAACUUCAAUGGAUUAUCUUUACUACUCCGGAUACACCAUUUUCUUAGCGAAGCCAAGUGAUGCAGCUGAUAGUUUUGAACAGCACUCCAACUAUGCAUGGGAUUGGACACCCUUGCAUACUAGUGCAGCUACUCAACCGAUUCAUGUUCAUCCUCCGUCUCCUUAAGCGUCGUUCUCAUUGUGCAUGUUGAUUUAUUUAAAAAUAUUUGAUGUAGAAUAUUUGACUAGCUCUUUGUUUGUCGUAUGAAUCAUGAGUAUUUUGGACACCA